AUGAUGUCUCUGCCACGAGGACUGAGCUCCUCAGGUCAGCCGAGCGUCCAGACCAAUGCAGCAGCUUCGACAUCACGCACGAGCCUCGUCAAUCCUCAAGUACUAGCGCUUGCAGAUCCACCGACUCAUCAAGUGGAUGCUCGUCUCUUCGAGUACAUCUCCUUCCAGAUGGUCAGCGUGUUAGCAGAAUCGUCAAAGCUCGCGACGCAAAAGAGAGUACAACGGCAGAGAAGGAUAGAAGAGGACUUUGGGCUGAAGAGCAGACCGGCAUCUAGCCGUACUUCGCUCGGCUCGAGCAAAAGCAAAGACAAUGCCAGUGCAGACGAGAUCAAGGAAAGAGACUCGCACGAGUUGCGCGUCAGACUGGAGCAAGUCGGCUUCAAGACUGGCUGGGGGCUAUCUGAACGCUUGUGUCGGGAUAGACCGCCGUUUCCGCGACAGACGAGCCCGUCAAACGCACCUAGCAACGCGCCGUCGCCGCCAGACCCACUCGAGGUCGUCAAAUUCGUCUGCAAGGACGUUUGGGUUGCUGUCUUCGAUAAACAGAUAGACAAUCUGCGCACGAACCAUAGAGGCGUCUAUGUACUGCAAGACAACGCAUUCAAGCCCCUGCUCAGGCUCAGCGGCUCCGAGCAGCAGAAUCUCUCAGACGAAGUCGUCUCUAUGGGCUCAAACCUCUUGCCAUUCCCAAGUGGGAUAGUCAGAGGUGUCUUGCACAAUCUGGGGCUCAAGGCGACUGUGACUGCCGAGCUAGGCGGUGCCGGUCAGUGCACAUUCCAGAUCAAGCUCGCAGCGAGCGCAAACGCAUCAUUGAGCACAUCAACACCUGCCUCGCGCCCGCUCGUGUGACACUAAUAAAAGAGCGCACCCGACGCGAGCGAGCGAUUGCAAUUGAUCGAUAGAAUCUACGCCAGAAUGAGAGCCGACGGUAAACCGAACGGUAUUGUUGAAGUACCGAUGCUCAUCUUCAUCCUUCAUCAGCUCUGGCCCAUCUGUGCGAGCAGUAAGAGAUGGUGCAUUUGUGUAGCAAUCGGACCUUUGGCCCAAAGUCGCCCUAUGACAGCAAUCUGGCCUCUUGCUUCGACGAUGUCAUCCUGAUACCGCUAGCAACUUGGGUGUUUCUACCGCUUUCCGUCAUCGCCUUUGCCAGCGUACUCGCUUCUUCCUCCACGAGGAGCACGUCUGGUGUGUCCACUCGGAGCAAGC